CAAGACGCGCGCUCGCGGCACGCGGGGCUCGACCCAGUUCUUCCCAUUACGCGCGUGUGGGGUUAUGUGAUCGGUUCCGGGUCGUCGCGAUCUCCGGCGCGGAUCUCGUUGGUGGGGGGGAAGAACCAUGGGCGGCGGCGGCGGCGACGGAGGGGGAGGCCUGGCGGAGGCGCAGUACGUGAACGCGAAGACGUCGGUGUGGUGGGACAUCGAGAACUGCCACGUGCCCAAGGUCUGCGACCCCCACGCGAUCGCUCAGAACAUAAGCUCCGCCCUCGCCAAGCUCAACUACAGUGGCCCCGUCUCCAUCUCCUCCUACGGCGACACCACGCGCAUCCCCGCCGCUGUCCAGCAGGCGCUCUCCAGCACCGGCAUCGCUCUCAACCACGUCCCCGCCGGUGUUAAAGAUGCGAGCGAUAAGAAGAUACUGGUGGACAUGUUGUUCUGGGCGGUGGACAAUCCUGCACCAGCUAAUUAUCUUUUGAUCUCGGGUGAUCGAGACUUUUCUAACGCUCUUCAUCAGCUGCGCAUGAGAAGGUACAACAUUCUUCUAGCGCAGCCUCAAAAGGCAUCGGCACCCUUACAGGCUGCUGCAAAGACCGUGUGGUUGUGGACCAGUCUUGUGGCCGGUGGGCCUCCAUUGACGAGCGUCAACUCACAACAGCUUGGUAACAAUGCUUUUGUUUCUUCUAGUUCGGAUACAUUACCGGUCCCAGUUUCUAAAUCUUUUCCAAUGAAGCAAUCUGGGGAUGUCCAUUGCGAAAGUUCUCACUUAGGGAACCAGAAGUUUCCCAAUAUGGGAAAGGGCAAUGAACCUAAACAUAAUAAAGGAAAAGGAAACUGGAAAAAUUCGGUUCAUCAUGGUUCAAAGAAUUCGAGUGCACCCUUUGGGUCUGGAGAUGAUCAAAACAAUUCAAGCUUUCACCAGUAUGGCGCAUCUAACUAUAGGGGUCCCAUUGGUGGAUCUGUUAUCUCUGGCAAUCAUGAUCCUUCUUGGAGCCAUAGCAACGGGCAAGGCAACUAUCAGAUUCAUUAUCCAACUCCUCCAAGGCCAGACUUUCCUGUGCAACCUGCACCCCCACAAGCGAAUUUGUAUCCGCCCUACAGUACUCCUUUUGGUAGCACUCCUAUGGUGCCUCCUAGGCCAGAUAGGCCUAGAAGUUCACAGGGUCUUCCUCCAGAUAUCAGUAAGUUAAAUAUUUCGGUUCACCCAAGCAAUGUUCAGAAUCCUCCUACUUUUCAUCAGCAGAAUGGAGAGCUAAAACAGAUGCCUAGCCUUGCCAAAAACAAGCCAUCAACCUAUCAUGACACCAUGAACAAUAGGCUUCCUCAAUGCCCUGAGUAUCCGUCCUCAUCUUCCUCUGCCCCGUCUACUCCUGAUUUUCCAAUUAAUGGUCCUUGGGGAACUCCUGGAUAUCCAAAACCUUCCGAGUACACCCAAGGUCUUAUAGGAGUUAUCUUACUCGCCUUGGACACCCUAAAGAACGAAAAGAUUAUGCCAACCGAAGCCAAUAUUAUUGAUUGCAUUCGCUAUGGAGAUCCCAAGCAUCGCAACACUGACGUGAAACAGGGCCUAGAGAGUGCCAUUGAGCAUCAAAUGAUAGUGAAGCGAAAUUUGGGCACCAUCCAAUUGUAUGUUGGUAAGAAUGAAAAAGUAUGGAAUUGUGUGAAUCCUUUGGGUGGCAAUGCAAAGGAUUAUUCUAAAGCAACAUGGAACGAGAUUCAGAAGUUCUUGACAUCAUCCGUAGGACGGUCUGCAAUUCUGGCUUCUCAGUGCAGGUAUGAAGCGGGUAUUACUAUGAAGCACAUGUGCUUGAAACAACUUGCUUUAGGUGAUGUUCUACGAAUUCUAAACUUAACACUUACAGCGAAAAGAUGGAUAGUGCACCACCAAUCAGGAUGGCAGCCUCUUAAGAUUAAUCUUCCGGAGGCCAACACCAACUCUGUGGCCAGUGACGACGGAUGGGGGAGUGGGUGGGAAUAGGCAAGGAAUGUAGGUAGUCCCGGGGGGUCUUGAGGAGCUGAGCCCCUAUUAUCCCAUCUCCACCUAGGAUUCUUGAAUUUUGAUUUUUGCCCAUCAGAUUUUUGUUUCUUCACCUUUCCUAGUCAUAGAUCCUCGAUCUGCCGUAACCAAGGGGUCGUCUUGCAUGGAAGCGUACCAUACACCGAAUGUGAAGGUGGGUCGUAUUUGGUGUAAAUGUGGUAAGUUACGAUCAUUUUGAUGACUGGUAUCUGAGAAAACCAAGGGGCGUAUCCUGGUCUAAUGAAUUGACGGAGUAGGUAAACCCUUGGAACAUGAAGCUUUGAGGUUCACAAGAUGUUGGAUAUAGAUUCCUCUGCCAUGUGCUUUACAUUUUUCCCUUAGGUGUUUUGAUUAUAGGCAUAUGAUGAUGAUGUCUUUCCAACCUACGCUGCGACAUUUUAGAACUGAGACACGUGGAACCAUUCCAUGGAUUUAAAUAUCCAUGCAACCAUAUUAUGGUGGAAGUUACUGUUGGUCUUUUCUUAUGGGGCAAGUUGGAGGUUCUUGCAAAAAGGCUCCUUGCUUCAUUGAUCUGAUGCUUAGACUGUCAAAAGAAGUCGAGAAAGAAAUGCUACUAGUUUGUUGGAAAAUGGGUCCUCUUUGAGAUGCUGCUGGAAGUUUAGUCUUUGGCUAUGGAAUUGUGGAUCCUCCAAAGUAUACGCAGCAAUGAAACUCUACAUGAUCAGUUUUUGCGAAGCUCUAUGUAAUGGAUUACAAGCUGACGGCAAUUUAUGUCCCGUUAUCACGUCACUUCAUGCGCAUAAUAUCUCACAUGAUGUCGAGAAAAGGAAGAGGAGAGAAGUUUUAAGCACAGAUAUGGAUGCCAUAAAAUCAUCUCUCUGAAGUUCGAGUGAAGUCAUUGAGCUUUUAUGUAAAGUGAAAUGUAAUUCCUGUAUUAGUAAGGUAAUAUUACUCGGUGAAACUUGUUAGUUCUUAAACUUCACUUUUCCCUUUGUGUCUGUCCAUUUUCCGGAUCUCGUUUACGGUUCUUGUCAAGCAGAUUUAACCUGAAAGGGGUGAUGUACUUGUGGAUAUAUCUUGAUGGGCCUAUUAUCUGAUAAUGAUCAUCCUGUUAGAUAAGCUGUCAUUAAUUUCUCUUCCUA